UUUCUUGGGGGAGUUCAUUUUGCGUUAGUAAGAGCAGAAUCUUCAAAAUAAGAUCCCAUGGCAUCAAUUGCAAUCAAAACAGAGCCCAUAGACUUAGGCGACACUUACCGAAUUUGUCGGCUAUGCAUGAGUGAAGAGUCCGUCGAUGAUGUUCUCAGGGACGACGAUCUCCUUAAUUGGAUUCUGAAUUAUCUUUCGAUAUCGAUAUCCCACGAUGAUCGUUUGAGUCGAGCCAUCUGCUCUAUCUGCCGGUUGCGAUUGACAGAGUUUCACCAGUUUCGGAUGCGCAGCCAGGAAGUGCAAGGCCUGUUGCAAUCCAUGAUGCAGCCUGAACAGGUUGAUGAUGCUAAAAUAGGACAGCCUGGGUGUGAUUCAGAAACCGACUCCGAAAAUAUGGUGCCAUUGAAGCGCAUUGCAGAUGAAAUACGAAACAUUCGCCAGUCCAUCCGGGAUGAUGGACAAUUCCAGUGUGAUAUUUGCGAGAAGCGUUUCGACAAUGAGAAACGCUUUUUGAAACACAAGAAUUUUCAUGGGAACAGACAAUAUAAUUGCAAACAUUGUCAAAGAUCGUUCGUAAGAUGGGAUUCUUUCCUAAGACACGAAAACUAUCACGAACAAUUCGCAAUUACUCACAAGUCAAUGAAACAGUAUGAUGUAGGGACUGAACAGCAUCGUGACGUGAAUCCUGCCGUAGUACUAGAAAAUGCGGAAGACACGAUUUCUCAGACUGACGAGAAGCACGACAAGAGUUCACCUGGUUUAAUAGGUGGUCCCGAUGAAGAAGGCUUAUUAAUGGAGAUAUCAGUAAAACAGGAGCCAGCAGGAUUGAACCAUAAUGAACCUGGGCAGGAAGGGGAAACCAACGACAUGAUUGAAAUUGGAGAAAUAAAAAUUGAACCUGGUGUUAAAGUGGAAAAACUUAAGCCAUUUCAGUGCAAUAUUUGCUAUAAACAGUGUGACGACAAACCUAAACUUAAGCGGCACAAAAGAGUAGUGCAUGGGCCAAGAAUCCAUACCUGCACCACCUGUGAAUUCCAGACAUCUUUAAGGAGGGAUCUCAAAAAACACCUUCGCACCAAGGUACAUUUUUAUAAACUUCAUGAAAAAGCUGGAGACAACACGUGUGUAGAUUGGAUAUAUGAUGGGAAGGAAUCCGACAGUGAGGGACCGGUACAUGGAAAUCAUGACGAGAAGGCGCUUAGUGAGUGUUUGCUUGACGUCAAGGAAGAAGAACGUACAAGUACGAUCGAUGAUGCUGCAAAAUCAACUGCUCAAAACGAAGGAAAGAACAUAGGAGAACAACAAUUCCAAUGUGACAUAUGCAAAAAAAUCUUUCCUCCAGACAAAAAACAAUUGUUGGACCACAAGUGGUCCGCACAUGGGUUCUGCAAACAUAAAUGCCCCAUUUGUGGAAGAGCUUACAUAUAUCGAUUCCGUAUGCUACAGCAUAUGAAAAUACACGAAACUAACACCGAGCACUUGCGAGGAAAGCGGAAGAAAAGAGUGAAAUCAUUGUCUUGCGAUUUGUGUCCCAUGAAAUUCACGAUUCAGAGGUCACUGGAAGCCCAUAAAAAGCGAAAGCAUGGUCUAUCCCCACACAUGUGUCACCUUUGCACAAGGACGUUUGCAUUUCCGUAUGAACUGAAAAUUCAUUUGCGAAACCACGUGGAAGGUCGUCUGGAGCGCGGAAGACGUAAAAAACCAAAACCCGAUACGGUUAAACCACUUCGCAAGCGCGGCAGACCAAAGAAGGUUCGAAUCAAUGCAGAAACACAAAAGGAACAUUUACAAGAAAUGAACCCCACGAUGAAAUGAGAGUAAUGGCCAUUAUAAUUGCAAUAGCUGCAGUAACUUCAUUGAUAGAGAGUUCAAUAGCCGUCUACCGUAUGAAUAAGAAUUUGCUUAUUUGUCUGAUAAUAUGUGAUUGAAAUAAAGCUCCACGUUUGAAUUCGUCUCGUA